AUGAAUACAUCUCAAUUUGAUAAUGCUCGUAUUGGUUUUGGAACAGUUGUAAAUAAUGGUCUUGUUACGUCAAAUAAUAAUACAGAAAGUACAAUUACGAUUUCUUUUCGUAGUGUUGUUUGGGAAACUGUUAGUAUUGAAUAUAAUAAUGUUUCAGAAGGUGGAUCAGGUCCUUUUACAAUCAAUACUAUCAGUAAUUCAAGUUUACAAAUUCCUCAAGAUUUACCAUUUGCAUUACCAGUUCCAAUUAAAUAUAAUAAUACAUAUGCAUCAAAUUUUGUUUUUACAAUUACAAAUAAUAAUCCAUCACAAUUAAGACUUUGUUCAGCAUAUGUUCAAUGA